UUCAUUCAUUGAAAAUGCUUGGUGGUGUUUUCCCUUCGAGGCAAUGGAAGCUCUCUCCUGCCAUUUGAUGUGGGUAGCUGCUGCUACCUAUUGCUCCAUUUUGGCCCCGAAGAGUCUGUUGGCUACAUUGAUUGGCGUGCUGGGCAUGGCACAUUUCAGUUUGGGUCGCGGUAGCGGCUCCUUUACCGGUGGUCUACUCAUCGGUCAAUUCGGUACACGUGAUGCCUUCCGUUAUAUGGGUCUGCUAGCCGUUGUGGGUGGCAUUGCCUAUGGUCUACUACAUUUGGCUUGGUUGCGUAAAUUCGAUCACAAUCUCGAUGAUUGCGAAGAGGAAGCAGAGGCGGUCGAGAAUGGUGAAACCGAGAAGCUAACCGAACCGGCAACAAAAGAGCAAGGCACAUCAAUGUCAUUGGAGCGUCUCAGCCUGAUGAUUAAGUACAAUCAAAUUGGCAGCUUGACAUCAUUGCCGCGUGGAUCGAGGGCGGAUAUACAUGACCAUUUGUCACAUCGCCGCAGCAGCUAUAAUGUUGAGUCGACACGCGUACCACGCCAUCACGGCAGUCACAUUGGCAGCGCUUCGAAAGUUGACAUUUUACGUUCAACGCUGGAUAUAAAUCACAAAUCCUCAAAUAAUUCUGUGUUGAGCAAAGCCGAUAACAAAACAUCAAAUCAAUCAUUAGGACGAAAUCGUGCCGACAGUGCGCCCAAAUUGAAUCACAGCAACAUGAAGAAUAUAUCACAGCCCACGCUGGAGGGUGUUGUGCUAGAGGGUGUUGAAUCGACUUUUUUCCCCAGUCGCAUGAAAAAGUAUCCGAGUGGUUUGUUAACUUCAAUACCAGCGAUGGAUUUAUCCGUUAUACCCAACACAAUACUGAUGGAUCAAGAUACUACCAAAGUGAUACCCGAAGAAACCGAUCUGAGUAAUUCAAAGAUCACUGUCUCCAGUCAAGACGAAGUUAAACAACAACACCACGCUAAUGGCAAGCGAUCGAGUAUAUCAGAGGAUCGUAUGGAUAAGGAUGAUGCUACAUGAUUUGCAGUUAAAAAGCAUUGAAUGCCACAUACAUAUGUACAUACAUAGUUAAAUUUAUAUACAUACAUAUAUGUGUAUGUAUGUAUAUGUGUAUGAAAAGAGUGAUA